AUACACUUGUAUAAAUAACUUUCUUUCUAUAUUUUCAGUAAAUAUAUUUUGCUUUCUUUUUAUACAUACACAUAUAAUGACAAUUUAAUGCUUCUGUAAGUUUACACACAAUAAACAAAUACAUAAGUAUGGUAUAUAUAAGUAUAUAUAUGUACUCAUAUAUAUAACUAUACCCGCAGUCACUUACACUCAGAUAACGUCCGCUGUUGGAUUGGGGGAAAGCCCUGCUCUGUUCUUAACAAUGACAAACAUCUAUGUGUGAAAUAUCAAGACUCUAUGAAUAUAAAAUAUAACACAAAUGUUAGAAAUCUUACAAACUGUCCCUGCUUCAAAGAAUAUUAGAUUUCUACGCGCUUGAUUACUUAAUCGAUAAUACGGGAACUUUUAAUGAAAGGAACACUUUGUUAAACAGAUAUAUAUUAAUAUAUAUCAAACGAUGGAUCCUUUAAGGAAAUUAAGUUUUUGGAUAGUUACAUUAUUAGCACUUGGCUUGUCAGGAAUCAAUGGAAGACCAAGUCUUGAGAACAAUGCAAAUUUUGACAAAUCUUUCCAGAAAUUUUUAAAGCAAUUCCAAUAUCGAGGUGCAUCUGUUGCUUUGAUGCGCCAAGGGAAACUCUUAUACUCCCAUGGUUAUGGCAGUACACAGAAUAAUGUUAAAAUGACACCAGAAGUCUUGUUUCCAGCUUCAAAUAUUUCUAAAUUACUCACUGCUGUAUCCGUUCUUAAACUUGUUGAAAAUGGUAAAGUGAACCUUACUGCUAAAGUCUUUGGUAAGUUUGGAAUUUUGAAUCACUUACGACCUUGGAGCAUUUUUCGAACUGACAACAGGCUGUAUGACAUUAUAGUCGAUGACCUUCUUCGGCAUGCUGGUGGCUGGGAUUCAGCUAUGCCACCAAUGUUUGAUCCAGUUCUGAAUUCUAUUUACUUAAAAAAUGGUUAUCGCAUUCCAAACAUCACUUCCAUCAUGCAGUUAAAGAACACUGCUGAAAUGAAGGAUAUUUUCAGAUACAUGAUGUCGAUUCCACUGAAUUUUAAACCAGGAACGAAAUCAGUUCAUUCUCAUCUUGGUUAUGUUAUUCUGGACCAAAUUAUUGAGAAAGUUCAAAAUUACGAUUAUCCAACAUUUGUAAGGAAAAAUAUUUUAGAGCCUUGUGGAAUGUGGCAUACAAGAUUCGGAAAACAUAUGAAAGAAAACAGGAUAAAGAAUAUGGUUAAACGUAGCUUGGUCGGAAACUUUAAUACAACUUAUUCUCUACACCUAGAGAGGGAGGUGGUCUCUCUCACUGAUGGCUGGUAUACCAAUGUUUAUGAUAUUAUGCGCUUUUUUCGAUGCUUGGAUCAUACUGGUACACAUCGAUUACUUAAAAAAUCUUCCAUCAAAAGUCUCUUGGCAAAACCAAGAAAAAUGAAAGCUUCAGGCUCAUGGGUUGGUGCUAACCUAAAUGUGAACAAACAUGGUCGAGUUUGUCUGGAAGGAGAUGGCAUAAUUGAUGGUAUGCUGUUGUGCCACCGGAACUUCUUACAAACGGUUCAGAAUCCAGGUAAUUCCUCAUAUAUGUCUUCAGAGACAUUUGUUAUGCUAUUAGUUGGUGGUCACAAUAAACCAUUACCAGUUCAAAACUUCAUGAAUUAUUUCAAAGAUUGGUCGCAAAAUGGUGCUAAUUACUUCUCUUAUGAUUUGGCCGAUAUUCGGGUAGGGCAUGUAGGAGUUAACGAACAAAUUAUUAAAUACAAGUUGUCUGAACACCAUAUUUCAGCAUAUGUCAAUGCUAUUAAAGACCAACACUUCAAAAUUGAAUGGAUAAAUGCUUUUGAGUAUAAUAGAGAAUCUUAUUUUUCUGUUAUCUCUAAAAUAAACCCAGAUGAAAGUCUUAGUUCUUUCUAUCUGGAGCAUGGGCUUGACGAGAAGGGUUUGCUCCACUUCAAACAUCUUUAUUCCAAGGAAAAUGUAUAUCUGUCUUUAUUACAGAGCUAUAUCAGUUUCGCACACACAGACAAAAACAGAUAUAUGGCACUAUUUGAUACGGUGAAAGAGGAACCUGUUGAUAUUCGAUUUGGAAUUCGACAAUAUUCCCAAUGUUACAAAUUGUUUGCUCAAGUUUAUAAUGAGAAGGGUUAUGUCCCAAGAGUCCAAAGUUUUGUCCACAUUGAUCAAGAACCACAAGUGUGUUUCAUUUUGGAAAAGAAACCUGUAAAAGAGUACAAAGAAUACAUAGAUAUUUCCCUGAAGGAACUGACUGAGAGCGUUGUCUCAAAUGCUAAGGCACACCGUGUUAUGACAUACUUGGACACUUCCAGCAAGUAUAAAAGACCAAGAUUUUCAGUCAUUUUCAGGAAAGACCCUUCCAGACAAGGCACAUUCAAAAACAAUGUCGAGAUAUCACAGCUUGAAGAUAUCAUUGCCGAUGGGUACUUGAAGGACAGUUUUUUCCCAAAACUAAUUGCUGGAUAUUCAGAUAAGAAAGGCACAUUAUAUUUUGCCAUUUAUAUGGAAAGAAUCUUAUAAAUUCCUCCUUUGUUUGUCUUUUAUAUUUAAUAUACACACCAUACAGAUUGAUCAUACAUCACCAAAUAUAUGCUAUAACAAAAUUUUAUGUAAAUGACAUCUCAAAGACAAAGAAAAAUUGUUCCUAUCCAACUGGAAUUUAUUCUGUAUUAUUUAAAAAAAAAA